CCACCGGCCGACCAUCAAUCCUCCGCCGACACACCACGGUCCUAUGCUUCAUUUCUUGACUGUCACUAAAAUCUAGACUGGGCCCGCUUGCCCUCGACCCUUUACGAUCAAUUUUAAUGUCUUCUUGACGACUCCGAUCCCCAAUCCGCGUUUGUUUACAUCGCCAUGGCUGCGACCGGCGCGAGGGCGCAGAAGCCCGUUGGCUCUGCAGCGUGGAUCUCAUCCGAAAAGGAAAACUGCAUGCAGCUUGUGGACCAGGAAAUGGAAGAGGUCGAAUAUCCUGUGCGCCAUGAGAUGGAUUGGUUGAAUGAGCAUAUGGCCGAGAUCUUCUCUACCAACCAAUUUAACUUCACCGAUGCGUUCAAGACCCCAGGGAAAUUGCGCGGCAAGACCCCGCGGACUGCGCGAAAGCGCGAUGCGACCGAGCCUCGUGUGCCUUUGAGUGAGAUCUUCUCCUCUGCACACAAUAGCAAAACAGAGAACAAACUCGAAAGCAAGCAUGACAGCAAACCCCCCGCAAGCCCGGCAGUUCAACGCUCGCCCGCCAAGGCACCCGUUGCUCCCCCUGCAGCACCAACCCCCGUGACAGAACCUAAAACUACCACUACCAAUGAAGCAGCUCAACCCGCAUAUCCCGACUUGAGCAAGAACCUCAAUUCUUUCCCGGAGUACAAUACCGACUCCGGCUAUCAUGGCAUGCCCGAGGGAGAAGAAAUGGAGGAGGAUGAGGACGACGAUGUUGUCUUGACACAAGUACAGCCUGAAUCCCAAACAUCGACACAACCGAUGGAGACCGAGCCUAUUGCUACGGAAGAACAUACCCAACUACCAGAAGAGCGCCGCAUGACAGCAAACUCCUUCCACUCCGCCCAAGAGAAUGUACGCCACCGAGGCGAAACAGUUGAACCCGAGCAGGUCGAACCAACACCGAGCCGAAACGCGCCCUCUCAGUCGCAGCCUCAAACAGAGCCAAAGGAACAAGAGUCCGCUGUCACGCCAGCAUCUGAGCUUGAGGAGAAGCCCGAGAUGGAAGCCGUGAGAGAGCCUGAAGAUGAGCCCGAGCCUGAGACUGAAGUUCAGGCCGAACCCGAGGCUAGGCCUGAAGUUCAGCGUGAGAUCCAGCGUGAGGAAAGUGUGGAACUCGAGGAACGGCAGGAACGGCAGGAGCCGGAGGAGCCUGAGGAGCCCGAGGCGCGUCAAGAGCCUGAGGAGCCUGGCGUUGAGCUCGAACAGGAAAUCGAGUCGCAACAAGCGCCAGAGCCUGAGGUCAAGCCCGUGCAACAGGACGAGCAGGAGCAACAGAAACACAGCGGGCGAGAGACAGUACCGGAGCUCAGCCACCAGCCGGUGUCAGAACCUGAGGCAGAGGAAGAGCCUGCCAAAGCCGUGGAGCCGAGCUCACCUGCCAAGACUCCCGCCGCACCUGCUGCCGAGCCUGUCCAGGAAGGGAAGGAGGAUGCUAAGGAUGAAAUGGCUCUCGAUAUUGACGAUAUCGGUUCUCCCUCGGACGUUUCACCUCCGGCACGCCCCCCCAUUCGCAAGAGUAGUCUUUCGUUCGCGUCGCUUCCUGCACGCGAGCCAUUGACCAAGAAGAGUCUGGGAGGUUCAAGACUGUCUCGCACAAGCCAUCUGGAGAUCUCUAAACUUAGCAACACCGGGAGCUAUCUUGGUAGGCAGACUGGAGGACACAGAACGACACAGUCUGGCAUGGAGGAUGACACCACACAUAACGAUAAGAUGGAUAUCGACGACAAUAAGGAUUUAACUGAUGACGGAGAAUCGGAUGUUGACACGAAAGCCAGCAAGGUCCAUACCAAGUCCUCGACUCAAAGGCUGCAUGAGAAGAUCAGUAUGCUGGGUAAACUGCAGCCAUCGCGACCAACCAAGUCAAUCCCUGCAGUCUCGCGUUUAUCAACCGCGCAGGUCACUUAUCCCGACUUGCCCAUCUCCAAGCCCGAGACGAGACCAGAGGUUCCUAGCCAAAAGCCCCGUGAUGCGCCAACUGCGGAGCCUAUGCAGAUUGACGACGACUGGAUCAAGCCAAUGAACUCGCCCUAUCGGUCGAACACACAGGCACACCAACGAACUGACAGCAAAGACACCAAGUUGUCGGGAGCUAGGAUUCUGCGGGCUGCUGAGGACGAUCGUUCUUCUGCUAUAGACAAUACGAGAAGUGCGACAGGAACAACAACUACCGCAAAGCGCACUUCGGACGUGGGCCGCGGAAAGUCGACAACGCCUCUUUACUCCUCCCCACAACGUCCUGGUCAUCAAAAGAGCGCGUCGGCUCAUAUUGACUCCCAGUUGUCGACGACACCUGUUGGCUCUCCUGCGCCGGAACGAUGGGAUGGACCCUUGAGUGCGUCAAAGUCAAGACUCCAGUCGAUCGUGCAAUCUGCGAAGGGCCUGUUCACGAAUACCGGAGGCGUAGCGGCUGCGGCUCGAAAAGAAGCGUCCUCACCAGAACAACCACGCUUGCGGCCGAGUGGUCGUCCCAUUAGCGAGUUGAUGGAUAACCCGCAGCGACCACAGUCUGCCCAUCUUCUCAGCCCCCCACGCCAGGAAGGGCGUAGAACCCGCAGCUCUACCGAGAGAGAAGAGAAGCGUAGGCAGAUGGAGCUCGAGGAACGUGAACGGCAAGAGGAACGUCAGCGACAAGAGGAACGCCAAAGACAAGAGGAACGUCAACGAUACGAAGAACGCCAACGGCAAGAGGAACGGCAACUACAAGAGGAACUGGCCGAGAAAACCCGGCAGCAUGAGAAAAAGAGGUCCAUGCAACUCCGGUCUGCACAAGAGAAGUAUUCUGCAGACGAGUCUCGGGCAACUUCCGAGGCCCCUGCUGCACCAACAUCCCAGAGAUUGCCCAAACUGCAAAAGUCAUCCAAGGAAACAGAGUAUGCAACGGAAACCGAAUCCAAGCCCGCCGCCCCAUCGUCUAUCCCGCAGCAACAGCAAGCAAAGGGUCGUCCUGUUAAACCCACUCGCGAAACACUCCAGAAGCCCAGACCUCAGCCUGUCUCCAUUCGUGUGGGCAGUGCUCUUUCUCGGCCCAUAACGCUGGGAUCGUCAACCAUGUCUUCUGGCAUGCGGGAGUCCAGUGUCCCCGCUCCGACACCGGGUUCUGCGGUGAAGCCACCUACCUUGAAGAAGAAGGCGAGCAACUCUUCACUACACACUGCAUCUUCUAAUAGCAGCUUCAAGAGUUCUAUGUCUACUCAGUCACAGCGCAAGGCUCAACUUGCAAGUGAGAGAAAGCGUGAACAGGAGGAACGCGAGGCCAGGCGUCGAGAGGAGCAGCGCCGUGAGCUUGAACGGAAACGAGCGGCCCAGCAGCAAGAGGAAGCUCGUCGCCAGGACAUGCGCAGUCGCGCAGAGGCCGAACGACGCGAGCGAAUUGUUGCUGAAGACCCUAAGAAAGCCGCUCAACUUCAGGCAAUCGAGAAGCGGAGACUUGAGAGCCAACGGAGGCUGGAGAGGCAAGGAAGCCAACAGCCUGAAACCCAUCCGGAGAGGUCGGCCUCCCAGGCUGCUCAGCGGAGUGAGCUGGGAACCAUGAGACCAGCUUCUCGUCUCGGAUCCAUCCAGCCUUUCCAUCGCUCCGUCAACCAACCUCAGCCUAACCCGGCCAAGCCUCCUAAGAGAGGCCUGGACGAGGAGGCUAACCAGCGGCCUACGGCGUUGAAGACGGGCACGGUGCAACCGGCAGGCGAGUCUAAGCGCAGAAGGACAGAAGACGAACAGAAUCGCAUGUCCUCGAUGCGCCCUACAAUGGCUCCGCCAAUCCGCCAGUCCAACAUCCGCAAGGAGCCCAAGAAACCUUCAUUCUACAGCCAACCACCAACCUCGAUUCUGAAGACUGGACAAACGCAAAGACCUGCGCAUCCUAUGGACAUGUCCAAAUAUGCCAGUGGCAAAAUCCCGUUCGCAGAACCGCCGAUGGCACCGCCCGCUGCGCAUCGGACGCCCGCUGCCAGCUCAUCGCAAAAGCACCCAGUCAAAGAGUCGCCCAGCUAUCCCAAUGGCGAGAACAUCAACCUGCCGGAGAUUGCCACGGACAGCGAAGACGAGGACUCGGAGGCCGAGAUGCUCCCUGUGCCCAAAUGGGCCCAGCCGAAAGAGUUGGAGUCGCUACUGCGACAACAGGAGGGCAUGGAGGCGGACUCUAUUUUUGGCCCUAUUGCCCCAUUCUCCCUGGAGGAGACGUUUAAGGGGGACAAGAAGAUCAAGAAAUUCCGCGAGCGCACCAGUAGUGCCCAUUGGUCUGGCCCCGACGGACUCACGCAAGAUGAGAUCCGACGCGAUUUGGCCGAGCGUCAACGCUUGCGUCUCAAUGGUGGCUGGACCUUUAACUAAUCUGCUGUUACCCGGUUUCACGCUUGUGUGAUACUUGAUGGACUUUUUUUUCGUGUUUGUGAAUGACAACGGGGGCUUUGGGCUUUUUUUCUUUGGGGUCACUGGGGAGCUGAAUUCUGCGAGCAACGGCUGGUGGGCAUAACCGGUCUGGCGUUUGUUCAUAUUUCGACUUAGGUUUCAUGUUUUAGCUACACACACAAUCGCGUUAUGCAC